AUGUCUGCUACUGUUGGCUAUAUUAAUGCUGACAAUCAAAUUGACAUUGUCUUCUUCUGUGACGACACAGCAAAGCUUAAUAUUUUGUUAAGCAAUGGUGAUGGAACAUUUCAGAAAGCGAUCGAAUUUGCAGUGAAGGAUUAUAAAUGGAUAAAAGAUAUCAAUGUCGGGAAUUUUAACAAUGAUCAAAGUUCCGAUGUAGUUUUGAGAGUUCAAUCUGAGCCCGUAGGUAGAUUGAUUAUUUUGUUUGGAAACAAAGAUGGAAUAUUUCAAGAACAAACUGUACUGCCAUGGGCGACAGGUUCGACUGCCUUGGCUACGCAUGUCAGUGACUUAAAUUACGAUAAUGUGUCAGAUAUUGUUAUAAAUUCACCCUAUGAGCAUACAGUGCAAGUGUUUUUUGGAAGUGUGGAUGGAAGCAUAUCGUCACCAAUGAUAUUAUCUACUGGUGACGCUAGUGAGCCCAGAUUAUUAGCUAUAGGUGAUCUGAAUAAUGAUCGUUACUUUGAUAUCGCUGUGUACAAUUUGAAUUAUUUACACAUUACUGUAUUUUUUGGACAGACGAAUGGAAGUUUCUUACCAAGCAAGCCAUUUUUCACGGGAAUGUAUUUAGCGCAUGUAUUUAAUCUAGUAAUAGGUGAUUUUAAUAAUGAUAGUCUAUCUGAUCUUGCUUUGAUUUGCAGCAGUGAGGAGCAUACAGUUGUCGAAAUAUAUCGAUACGAAAAGGAUACAUUUCAAAGUAAACAGAAAAUUGAUAUAGAAUCUAUCAAACAUGCUGCAUCUGCCAUUGUCACCGAUCUGAAUGGUGACAAUCAUUCGGAUAUUGUUAUUGGUACGAGUUCUCCUUAUGCGAUCUAUGGAUUGCUUGGAUAUGGAAAUGAUGAGUUUUACCUACACACAAUUUACUCGAGUAUACACACCGGUUACUAUGUCCAUCUCAUUGGUAAUUAUAUCAACAACGAUACUUGUGCCGAUGUUAUCAGUAUCAAUGAUCUUUCACAUUCAAUAGAUUUGUUUCUCAGUACAAUAUGUGGAUGUCUCUCCGACUAA